GGCACCCCCAGCAAAAGGAUGGCAUCCGAGCUGGCCCUGAACAGCUCCGACCUGCCCACCAGUCCCUUGGCCAUGGAAUAUGUUAAUGACUUCGAUCUGAUGAAGUUUGAAGUGAAAAAGGAGCCGGUGGAGACCGACCGCAUUAUCAGCCAGUGCGGCCGCUUGAUCGCUGGGGGCUCGCUCUCUUCCACCCCGAUGAGCACGCCCUGCAGCUCGGUGCCGCCGUCGCCCAGCUUCUCGGCGCCCAGCCCGGGCUCGGGCGGCAGCGACCAGAAGACGCACUUGGAAGACUACUACUGGAUGACCGGCUACCCGCAGCAGCUCAACCCCGAGGCGCUGGGCUUCAGCCCGGAAGACGCCGUGGAGGCGCUCAUCAACAACAGCCACCACCAGCUCCAGAGCGCGCCGGGCUUCGAUGGCUAUGCUAGAGGGCAGCAGCUGGCCGCGGCCGCCGCCGCAGCAGCGGCAGCCGGCGGCGCCGGCCCGGGGGGAUCCAUGCAGCCCGACGACAUGGGCUCGGCGGCCGCCGUGGUGUCAGCGGUGAUCGCGGCGGCUCAGCAGCAGCAGCAGCAGCAGAACGGCGGCGGCGUGCCCCAUUACCACCACCACCACCACCCGGCCGGGGGCCACCACCACCAUCACCACCAGCAGCAGCCGGGCAGCGUGCAGUCCUCGGGCAGCAGCAGCAGCAGCAGUAGCAGCAGCAGCAGCAGUAGCAGCGCCGGCGGAGGAGGCGGCGGCGGCGGCGGGGGUCUCCACCACCCUCACCACGGCGGCGGCGGCAGCUUGCAUUUCGACGACCGCUUCUCGGACGAGCAGCUGGUGACCAUGUCGGUGAGGGAACUCAACCGGCAGCUGCGCGGCGUCAGCAAGGAAGAGGUCAUCCGGCUGAAGCAGAAGCGGCGGACCCUCAAGAACCGAGGCUACGCGCAGUCCUGCCGCUUCAAGAGGGUCCAGCAGCGGCACGUCUUGGAGUCCGAGAAGAACCAGCUCCUGCAGCAAGUGGAGCAUCUCAAGCAGGAAAUCUCCAGGCUGGUCCGGGAGAGGGACGCCUACAAGGAAAAAUACGAGAAAUUGGUCAGCAAUGGGUUCAGAGAAAACGGCUCCAGCAGCGACAACCCAUCCUCUCCAGAGUUUUUCAUGUAUCCAAGAGAAUCUUCUACAUCAGUGAUGUGAAAAUUCCUGUUACCUGGAGUCUGACAAGGCAUGAAGAGGAGGAGGAAUUUGAACUAGGAUUAUAGUUGUGUGCGGAGCCGAAAUCCUUUCUACCCCAAAUGCAAGAAUGCUGGUCUGAAUUGCUUUUCCGCAGACCCUGAGGCAGUUUGUAUGUAAAAGUGAAAACCAAAGCCCUGCCCUUAAAAGUGUACCUACUAAAGCUGCUUGAGGAUUUUGAUUUCUACGCAAACUGAUCUGAUAUUCAUCUCCCGGAAUAACACACAGAUUGGAAUGUUACUAUCCUUUGGAUUUUGCAGUUCUCUGAAUUUUGUGGUGCAUUUCUUAUCUAAAGAAAUGCUCCAAAAGGCUUUACAAGUUGCGUAUUUUAGAAUAAAAUACAUGUAGAAAUGUGUCUAUUGAGAUAAGAUGCAUAUUUAAAUAUAUAUUUUAUGUGAUUUAAUAUGUAUUUAAAUACAAAUUUUCAUGCAUUUUUUUUAAAAAAGGAAAAUAAUUUAGAAACAGGAUGGGAUGGAUUUAUGAAUAAAAAUGUGCAAGAUUACCAUGGAACAAAAAUAGACAAACCUGUCCACCCCCAACAGCCAUGUAGCUAACAUAAUGUGCAGUUUGGCUCUUAGUCCUUGCAUAGGAAGUGCAGGGAACUUUGGGCACUCCAGAAGUUGCUGAACUACAUCAUGAACUCCAGCAGACACUUUCAUCAACUUCAGCAGACACGGUCUGUGGCCAGGGAUGAUGGGACUUGCAGUUCAACAACAUUUGCAGGGCCAAAGUUUCCCUUCACCUGUUGCAAAAGGACAUCUUGUCUCAUUGUCUGAUAGGAACUAGUUGCUGUCCAAGCACCUGACUUCCAGCCAUGAACACAGGUUGGUGGUGAUGGAGUGUGGGGUGGAGAAGCAUCUAUCUUCCCCCUUACUCUUGUGCAUCUAGUUGUUCAUUUGAACACCUAUCUGAGAUAACAAUUGCCCCCUUUUGCAGUGUGUGUGUGUGUGUGUGUUUAUUUUCAUAAUAACUUCAAUAUGUUUGGUGCUUUCAAUUGUACAAAAAUAGGUCUCUACCCUGAGGAGCUUACAAUUUGUAAUUCAACACAGGUCAGAUAAGUGAGGAAAAGAAGGGAGAUGGAGGGAAAGAGGGACAGAAAAUGCAUUUAUACCAUCGAACUUCAAUGCAUAUUCAUAAUUUCUGCUUUGUAAAGCACAGAACCAUGUGAAGGAAAAAGAAGUGAUAACGGGGAACAAGAAGCAUGAGGACCAGUCCUUUGCACACACCUUCAGUUAUUGCAGUGGGGUAUCUCUGUGGCCAGCUCUGCUGAGUUACGAUGCACUCAGUACAUUUGGAGGUGGGUGGGGUUCAUAUCCUUAUCUGCGGGUGAUGUUUAAUAUCCUUGGACAAAUGCACUCUUCCUUAGCUUGUACACCUCUGCAUUUCUUACUUGACAUGUCUGUGCUCUGUGGACAAGACUGAGCCCCAUUAAAUAAAAUGGGUUUGUUUGU